GAUACUAUGGCUUGUGGAGGCUGCUUGUGGUGCUUUGGAUUGUCACUAGCACUGAUCCUAUCCAUCCUUGGUCCAGGUCACUCAGUGGAGUUGGCAUUUACAGCAGAACCCAGUGAUGAAGUGGCAAUGCCUGGACAGCCCUUUACUCUGCUGUGCUCUGCAGAUGGUGUCCAGCCAAUUACCAUUACAUGGAGGAAGAAUGGUGCUCCCCUGUGGAAUGAGGCAAACGUAAUUCCACUUCCCAAUGGCUCCCUCUAUAUUCCUUUCUUCCAUGCCAAGAAAGAGGAUGGGUCAUCUGACCAGGGUGAAUAUGACUGUGUGGCUCAAAAUCGGUUUGGGACUGUGGUGAGUCGCAAGGCAAGAGUGCAGGCAGCAGCCAUAUCAGACUUUCACAUCUUUCCCCGGGAUGCAACCCUAGAAGAGGGCGGUGUGGCCAGGUUCCAGUGUCAGAUCCAUGGUAUGCCGGAGCCAGACAUUGUAUGGGAGCGGAGUGGUAAAAUGAUUGAUACAGACAACCCCAGAUAUACCUUGCUUCCCACCGGGGUGCUCCAGAUAACGGCACUCCAGGCUGAGGAUGCAGGCAUGUUCCGCUGUGUGGCUUCCAAUUUGGCAGGUGUUAAAUACAGUCCAGAAGCUGUGCUAACAGUGACAGGCCCUAACUACACUGGAUACAAGGAUCCAAUGAUCUUAGUUGGACCAGAGAACCUCACCAAGACUGUUCACCAGACAGCGAUCCUUGAGUGCAUGGCUACUGGAAAUCCCCGACCUAUUGUGUCCUGGAGUCGACUUGAUGGCCGUCCUAUUGGUGUGGAAGGAAUUCAGGUUUUAGGGACAGGAAAUUUGAUGAUAUCAGACCUAACUGUGCAUCACUCCGGAGUCUAUGUAUGUGCUGCCAACAAACCAGGAACCAGGGUGCGGCGGACAGCACAGGGAAGGCUUGUUGUGCAGGCCCCUGCUGAAUUUGUCCAACAUCCUCAGUCCAUUUCCCGUCCAGUUGGCACUACAGCAAUUUUUACAUGCCUAGCCCAAGGGGAACCACCACCACAAAUCACAUGGCUGAAGAAUGGGCAGAAGUUGGAGCCCAGGGACCACAUUAAGUUAAAAAAUAAUAACAGCUCCUUGACCAUUUCCGGGAUCAGUCAGGAGGAUGAGGCGAUCUACCAGUGCAUAGCACAGAACAGUGCUGGUUCCAGCCAAGCUAGUGCCCGGCUUUCUGUAAUAUGGGCAGAAGGACUACCAGGUGCACCACAGGAUGUCACUGCCACUACUAUAUCAUCAACCUCCAUCCAGGUGUCGUGGAAAGAGCCGCUGGAAAACACACAAGAGAUAAUUGGAUAUGUGGUCCACAUCCGUAAAAGUGAAGACCCUGUCCAAAUGGAAUACCAAGAAGCUGUGAGCAAGGACACUUCUCAGCAAACAAUAACAGAUCUAGAACCAUCCACCAGUUACAUCUUCUACAUCAAAGCAUAUACCUCUAGAGGAGCAAGCAAAGCAUCUGCCAGCGUGGAGCAGAACACUUUUGGAGAAGUACCGGCCGUCCCCUCUCUCUAUAUUAAGGUCCUGAAUAGUACAGCCAUCCAGGCAGCCUGGGAGCCGUCGAUUAAACUGGGCCAAAAUGAAGGUUUUAAACUCUAUUACCGCAAGGUACCUCUACCACACUAUACCGGGCCCAUGCUGCUGCCUAGCAAUGUCACAACAUACAACAUCUCCCGGCUUGACCCCUUAGUAGUGUAUGAGGUGAAGCUGUUGGCCUUCAAUCAGCAUGGCGAUGGGAAUUCCACAGUUCGCUUUGUGUCACUGAAAGAAGCAUCUGCCCGUGCUGUGCUAAAUCCAUCCUGCAAUUGUGUAGGUGAUGAACAGAGGGCAAAGUCAUCUACCACAGGCAUCAUCAUUGGAAUACAUAUUGGCGUGACCUGCAUCAUUUUCUGUGUGCUGUUCCUUAUGUUUGGAUACCGUGGAAGACUGAUGAAGUGUAAGGCAGCACAGGACCAAAUAUCAGCUCCUCAAGCUGCUGGCGGCAUUAAUGGAAGAAUUUCUCAUCGAAAUGCUCAAAAUGGUGCUACACUAUUGGACAGUAAUGUUUCAGAACUGAAAGGGAAAGUUGCUGAACUCAGUGAGAUGGAGCAUCUCUUUCCUCACUCCCCACAUCACCGAUCAGAGUCUGCUCCUUCACAUUCUUUGGAUGUAACACUGGUAUCCGCCAUCAUUCCUGAUGACAUCAUUUUUGCUGAAGAGGACCCUCCUGGAUCUCAGGCAGUAAACCAUCCACCGGCAGCCAAGGACUGA